CUAACCUAUUUCCUUCCAAUUUAAAGAAUUAAUUUUCCUAAAAUUCAAGCAUAAACACGUGUUUGGUACCUACCUGGCUCUUCGUGUUUUCCUCAACGAAAGAUUUCGUGCUGUUUUCAAAAUAUCCAUCUAGUUGUUGUUUUUUGUUUGUAUCAAAAUUGUUUCUAGUACAAACUACAAACUUUACUAUUGGAGGUGUAACAUGCGAUGUGUUAAUGGUUCCACUCUUGUUGUUAUCUGUAACACCACUCAUGCAGGAACAUAGAAGGUGGAUGUAAGUAAUACCAUGAGUAUUUUAAGAGUAAUUCAGCCAUGGAUAAAACAAUAUCUGAAUGCUCACUUGAUCGACCCCACUGUGCAUCUCAUAGAAGAGCAGUUAGAAGCUCGCAAGAGUAUUGACAUAGAUGCCUUAACAAAAUACCACAAUCAAACAACAGCAAAAAUUUUCAAACAUCUAGCGAAAGAACUCUCUGAAUACUUACCAGCUGAUUCUUUUACUUUCUCUGAUGAUUCAUCCUUUCAGUCCAGGAAGAAGGAACUGAAAAAGCUUCAAAACCAACUGCUGAAAAGUAGCUCUAGUAGUGAAGACGAUGGUGUCUACAAAGAGGACAAACAAGAAAUUUCAACACAAACAGAAAAUCGAGCAUGCCUUACACUUAAACCUCUUCACAAGCUAGUGGAAAAUGAGCCAAUGCAUGAUGAUGAUGAUGAUAUUAUUCUUAAUGCAGACUUGGCAGCAACUCCCUCUAAGAAGAAACAUAAAAAGAAAAGGAAAGAAAAUGCUGAUGCUGAGCCUGAGUGCAGUUCAACAGCAGGUCCAGUGAUCAAUCUUGUGGAAGAAGAAGAAGAAGAAGAAGAUGGAGACUGCCCCACUGGAUCCUCAAAAAAAAAGAAGCACAAAAAGAAAGGGAGAAGUAUAAGUGAGGCAGAAAGCAGUCAUGGCGUUGACUGUUACUCCGAUCUUCUUGACCAAAGCAAGAUCGGGUCCAAAAAUGAUGAAGGUCAACCCAUCCUAAAAUUGUUCAUGGAGUUUCUGAAACAUAUGGAGUCGUUGAGCGAAGAAAAGAAAAAUAAAUUCAUCAAAGACGUCUAUCAGAUACUACGUACUGCAGGGAGCACUCAAAUAGAAUGUGAUAACGAAGAAAACAUUUCCCCAACAGAUUAUCAUAAAUUGAAGAAGAAGAAGAGAAAAAAGUCUCACAACUCUGAAAGUGGUCCUGAUGAUGUGCCCCAAGAAAUAAUUUAUCUGGACAUAACCCAUGAUCAUAACUAUGGUGAUACGUUGAGAAAGCCUCAGAAGAGGAAAAAAGACAAACGAUAUGAAGAGUCAUUCGAGACUGAGGAUGGUUCCGGGGCGAAAAAGAAAAGAAAAAAUAGUCAUUGUGAAUCUCUUCCUACAAACAUAGAGGACAAUGUCAAUCCAUCAGAAGCUUUGCUUUGUCCUUCUGAAAGUUCCAAAAAGAAAAAGAAGAAAAAAAAGAAGAAUUUGGAAGACGAGGAGGCUAGUGCUUCUGAAGUAACCUACUUACCUGGAGAUGCUUUCGAUCUACCUGCAUCGGAGAAAGAUAGCCAACGCCAGGAUUCUUUCCAUGCAAAUUCUAGUCGUAGCAAUAAUAUUAACAGCGCCCAUUGUGAUAUUUUAGGAUCUGUGAUAAACCAAGAAGCAGGAGACGCCUCUGAAAGUAAGGAUGCUCCAUCUCGACCCACAUCGCACUCGAGUCAGAAAAGUCUUACCGACAGGCGCCUAAGCUGUGAAUCUGGCUCCAGUAAGAUUACAAGAACACUCAGAACCGACGAUUUCCUUCAUGAGCUAAACCCUUCGUACGAUUCAGACUCUGAUUCAAAUGGAGGUAGCUCUGUUCUCUUGUUAUCUCAUGUUAUGGGCGAUGAAGUAGCAAUCAAAGAAGAGCCAAUGUCUCCAGACUUUGCAGAGCGAGGUCUUUCAAAUUCAGUCAAUUCUGCCAAUUUUAUGAAAUCACCGUCAAGGAAGCAGUCGCGGAAAGCUAAAUCUUCUUCCUCAUCAAGUGGAGCUGUUGGCAGUGCUUCACAAUCAAACGUCUUGAACGAAUUUCUAAUUAUGCCACAAUCCACCAAUGAUUUCAGUCUAUCUAAAACUUUUGAUGAGCAAGACAUGAUUGACCAAAUGGAAGAUUCAGAAGAUGAAGAAAGUGAAAAUUUGUCAUCAACACAUGAUGAAAGGCAAAAUGAAAGUACUGGAAUAACUCUAAACACAUUAACAAAUCCUUUGUCGAUACCCGUUACCAUCCCAAGUGUUGAUACAAGCGCAAAACAGAUAGAACUGAACGAUUGCAGAUCUUUAGAAAAAGAACUUCUGGAGCUGGAGCAAUGCCUGGUGUAUGCUGAAAAAGGGACAAGAGACGACCAACAACCCUCAACAUCGCAAGGACCAAGGGCACGUAAAUCGCGAAAACCAGUCUCUUAUUCGGGAGACGGAAGCAACAUCGUCUCUAAGAAAUAUCCUAAUCAAAUUAAGGAGCCAAAGAAUAGUAGGAAAUUCACGUGCUACAACUGUGGACUCGAGUUCGAGGAAAAAUCGGAUUUUGUGGCGCACUGGUUGGAGCAUGUGAAAAGCAAUGCGGAGAAAUCAUCGAAAAAAGAGAUGCAAUUAGGCCCCUUCAAAUGCAAGAUUUGCAAGACAAAAUGUGCGAAGAAAUCGACUCUGAAGAAGCAUCUUCGCGAAGAUUGCCUCCCGUCCACUGAAGUUCCGAAUGAGCCUCCGAGAGCUUAUGGUCAAUCGAAGUUAUUCCGUUGUUCUUUUUGUGAUUAUGUAGCCUCUCGUCGAAGUCAUAUGAAAGAUCACUUAAAGGUCCAUUCAGAUUUGAGACCCUUCAAAUGUGACUUAUGCCCUCAAGCAUUUAAACAUAAUUCCACUCUGAGGAAACAUAAGCGCGAGUGUCAUUUCAACGAGAGGCCUUUUAAGUGUGAUGAAUGUCCAAGUGCAUUUACGAAAAGCACCAACCUAAACUUUCACAAAGUAUCAGUUCAUUCAGACCUCAGACCGUUCAAAUGUAAUUUGUGCGAUGCAUCUUUUAAAUUUAAGGUAUACUUGGACCGGCAUCAUCAAGUUCAUUCUAAUUUUAGACCUUAUUCAUGUAAAUUUUGUGAUUAUGCCGCAAAGCAGAAAGCCGUCUUGAAAAGACACACCCGAAAAAUUCAUAACAAGGAAUGAAAAUUUACGUAUCCAUGAACAACCGAAUAUCGAAUAUCGAUCGAUAAGAGAAAAAAAAAAAGCAAUCCAUGACCGCGAGGUUUGAAUAACAGCGUAAUCUUUCCGCCUGCAAGGAAGCACCUCAUCAAAUUGAAAUUCGCCGUAGUCCUCCGGUUCUACCCAACAAUCGGAGUGAAACGCCUUCAUGUAUCCGGGUAUGCAAUGUUCGUCGGGAAUGCAAUAAUAUCUGCCUAUCCUGCUCACCUACGCCGAAAACUCAUUAAUUCGAUCAAAAUUCUGCGUAGUUCCACGGUUUUCAUCGGAAAAGACUUGUGAAACGCUUUCAUUCAAUGGAGUAUACAAUUUGCGAUAAUCGUGCACGAACAGCUACCUACCCGGCUUAUUCAAGCAAGAAUUACGUCGAUUCGAUUGAAACUCAACGCAGCGCCGCAGGUCUUAUCGGAAACAUCGUUUAAAUCGCCUUCAUUUAACCGAGUAUGCGAUCCAUGACAAUUAUUCAAUCCCUUGCCCAUGAAACCGCGUAAGUAAGAACUGUAUGAAUUGAUGAAUCCUGACUCUGAAGAGGCAUCUCCGCGAAGAUUGCCGCUUGUCCAUUGAAGCUCCAAAUGAACCUCCGAAAGCGCUGUGUCAAUCCAAGCCAAUUAGUUGUUCUUUCUGUGAUUAUGUAACCGCUGAUCAAAGCAAGAGCACUUAGUGACCCAUUCAGAUUUGAGACCUUUCAAAUGUGACUUAUGCUCUCUAGUAUUUUAAUUUAAUGAUGAUCUGAAUAAACAUAAACGCGGGUGUCAUUCCAACGAGAGGCCUUUCAAAUGUGACGAAUUUUCGAUGGCAUUUAAGAACGGCAGCACCCUACGCAACCAUCAAGCAUUGACUCAUUCCGACCUGAGACCGUUUUAAAGUGAUUUGUGCGAUGCAUCUUUCAAAGUGAAGUUUCACUUGGACAAACAUCAUCUAAUUCAUUCCAACCUCCGACCCUAUCAAUGUAACUUAUGUGAUUACGCCGCCAAGCGCAAAGACCAGUUACAGAGUCACAAACGCAUCAUUCACAAAAUGCUGUAAGAAGCAACGCAACUCUUUCUUUACCAGCAAAUAUCCAAAAAAUGUAUGCCCACAACUCCUACUAGUAAUGCAAAUAAUGGAAACAAUAAGACGCAAUUCACGACGAAUGAAUUCGUACCUUGUCUUUAUUUAAUCAACAAGCGAAUAGUUGUCGCAACUGCUUCGCGUUCAUUUGGUUUUCGUUUGCGCGUGUUCUUUUCGUUUACGCGCUUUGUUUUUUUCACAAGGAGAUAUGCACUGGUGCCUAUCUUAAGAACAGAACGAACGCUUUAUACUGCCGUGCCAAGGGAAAACGCCGUAUGAGCCUUCAGUAGUUGCCGUAUUUCCCCAAAGAAACCCCGAAUUUAUUGGGAAAAU